GACUUUUAAUGUGCUGUUAGGCCCCUCCUCCUGUUAAAGCCCGCUGGCGCCGCCAUCUUGCUGAUGACGUCAGCGGUAGAACGAUUUCAGGCAGCUUUAGCAUUGAGCCCAAUGGAGGAGGAAACAUUUUCCAGCGAUUCUGGUUCAAGUUUGGAAUUUUCAAACAUAAUUGGCGAUCCAGAGGAAGUAUGUGCCAUACAGCCAUAUAGGUUUGAGCCAUAUUUGGAGGAAAAAGAUAUGGAAUCAGAAAGCAGCGACACAGACGAGACUGAGCCAAACUCCCAGGAUGACCACAGCAGACUGGGCAACACUGCAUGGUGUUCAUGUGAAUGCUGUGCAGUGAUGCCCACAGUAGGUGAGUGCGUUUGCUGUGGUGAACAGGAGCGAGUCAGGGAGAAGAUGGAGGGGGCUGGGGUCCAAUGUAUUACCCAGCACCCUGGAUUUCAGCCCGUGUGCCUGAACGUAGACGUCCUUCAGACAGCCUAUUAUGCCUACAGGCAAAAUUAUGAGGACCAGUCAGGAAACAACUGGAAACGUUACACGGCGUAUCGCCAGUUUGUGCGCUGGGUGUACGAGUUCCUGGGGCGGAGGAUCAGGGUUCCUCUACCAGCCUGUGUGGUCGCGCAGAUCAGGACAAGCUUCCCAUCACCGGAGUUUGUUGGAUACCAACCUUGUAAUCCUCCCUAAAACUCCAAGUUGAAUAAAAUAUUGUAAUCGUUUCAUUAUACAGUCAUCCUGAUGUGAUUUUUAAAAGAAUAUCUCUACUUCAAUAUUUUUGCAAGCCUCAGUGGUUAGUCUUAUUACAUAUUUGCUAAGUGCAAUACAAAAAUUAUAUUUCCAUGACAAAGUAUUGUACUGAAUGGAAUAUGGAAAUAUGACAAAUGCAAGGACGUUAUAAGAUACUUAUUUCUGACAUGCUGAUACAAGUAAAAAACAAUUGCUACUGUAUCAAGCUCAAGACAAUGAUUUGGAAAAAAACACAAAAUGGUUUUAUUCACCGGAAUUUAAGUGUGCCAUUAUAUUUUAUAUAUACCAACAUAUUUACCCAGGGCUCGAACCGAUGAUACCUUAUAAAUUCAAAAAACUAGCUCACAUUUUCAAAAGAUGACAACGAAAGAACUGGGGAACACAAUUAUACAAAAUUAAAGGUUCAAUCAUGGCACAUUAAAACGUGUGACAUGAUCCCGGACCGCCUGUUCUUUGUCAGGUCGCUGAAAGCUGCUGCUGAGGGAUAACCUCCCGGCCUCGGGCACAGCCGGUAUCGCCUCCAAUUCAUCCGGCUCUACAUCACUCGCGUCCUGCACAAGCCUCUCCACCGCCGACAUCAGCUCG